UACGGCUGUUGGGCGCAGUUUUACUAAAAUAUUAGUUUUAAUAAAAAACUAGGAUUGGUGCUAGUUAAUAUGAAGUUACGUAUUAUGGUUAUGUUGCUGUAAAAUUUGCGAAAAAUUGACACAAAAGCAGCCUAAAUUUUCAGUAGUAGAAAAAAUGGUUAAUGAUCCUAAUCGAGGUAGCACUAAAGUUUUUAUUCAACGGGAUUAUAGUGAAGGUACUGCUGUGCAGUUUCAAAAAAAAUUUCCUAUUGAGUUAGAAGGUAGAAUACCACGAAACUUAUUUGAUCAAACUAUUCAGACAAUAAACAAAACUUUUGAUGCUGCUGAAAGUCAUGACAUGUAUUCAUUGUUUCAAGGGUUUUGUGCAUGCUUGACAGGAUUCCUUAUCUAUAUUUGCUUUGAUACUCAAUAUGAAAAACACAUGAAAAAGUUAGCUCAGUACAUUCAAGAACAAAAUGAAACUGUAUAUUCUCCAAGGGGUCUAAUGCUAAUAAAUCCAAUGGAACGUGGUCUUCGCGUUAUUGAAAUUCAUAUAUUUGGUUAUAGUAACACUAAGUAGUUUUAUCAAAAUUUCUAAAUACAAACAUCUCUUUGCAUGAACUGCAAGUUAGCUUAAAAAUUCAUGUAUAUAAUUGUUAAACUGCAUUUUCUGUACAUACUUAUAUAAUAUUUGUUUUAAAAUUUAUAAUGAAUAUAAAAAGAUUUUAA